AGCUUCCUUUCUGCCCCUGAGGCUUCCUUUCUCCUGCGAGUAUCCCCUGGACACACACACCAGACUGAAGGAACCCAUCAUACCAGAUGAUCCGAUAAUGCUCGACAAAGGUUAUCCACCACAGCAAGCUAGCCUCCUGGAAGUGAGCCCAUACAGGGAAGUAUCAUGGUUCCAUUUACACUAGAAUGCGUGGAGCAUUGCUCCACAAGCAGAAGUAUGAGGCCCAUAAUAAUGAGUAUACAGUAUGUGUCUUUUAUUGACAGGAGGGAAGGUGUCUUUGUUGGCUCAGGUGCCAAACUGAGAGCCUCCAUGGUCCUGUUCCAGCAACCGGACUACACAAAGCCUUAUGCAGCAGGUGCGGUGGUUCUUGAGCUGGGCUCACCAUUAUAUGUGGGGGUCUCUGUGGACAAGAAAGAUCCCAGCCUGGUAGUUGUUUUGGAGGACUGCUUCGCCUCUCACUCAUCAGACCCUGACAGCACUUUGGAGCGAGACCCCCUCAUCUCCAACAAAUGUCCCACUGACGACGAAGAAGUGUUUGCAGUUCAGAGCGGCUCGUCCCUCCAGGCUCAUUUCUCCUUCAGAUUCCACCUUAUUGAGGAAUACAAAGACGUUUUCGUCCACUGCAGCCUCAGCCUGUGCGACCGCAGGAGUAACGCUUGCAAUCCGGGGGAGAGCACGGCGCACUGCCUCCAGGUCUCCACUCAAGCCACUAACCAUUGGACCAAUCACUUGGGAGAAACGAUCUGCGUGACAUCCGUGCCGUUGUUGACGGACGUGCCGAUCAGGGGUCUCCAGCCAGUGUCUGGGGAGUCUCUCACCAAAGAGUGUCAGUCAGACACGAUGCCUGCAUUUCAAAACAAAUGA